GUGAGAGAGUGAGAGAGAGAGAGAGAGAGAGAGAGAGAGAGAGUGAGUGAGUGAGUGAGUGAGUGUACAUGCGCGCGCACAGGGAGCUCACACUCGCACUUUCCUCUCUGCUUUGUCGCAGUUAAUUGUGGAAAUCCUUCUGAUACUUCAGUAGUUAUGUACAUUGAAUCUUUGCUUUGGUAGUCGAGGAGUGUAGAGCUUUUAUUUAAACAAAAUUCCCGCGCGUCUGUUGAUUAAUAACAAAUCGUUGUUCUUCUGAGAGUUUUAAUGGAACGGCCGGUUGCUCGCGAGUGAAAACACUUUUACAACUUUUUAAUUUUUUUUAUUUUCUACCUCGGCGCCAUGGGGGAGCGCUGCGACCUGGGCCAGGAGGCGAGCCGCUUCCUCGAGGACCUCGACCGAAUCGAGGCGUCGCGGGAUGGGCUGUGCAGCGGGCGCCGCGCCGCCGCCAACAACCCCGAGUUCGAGCACACACGGCGCGUGUUCGCCUCCAAGAUGGCCAAGAUUCAUAUGCAGAAACAGCGGGAGGAGGCGGCCGCACGGCUGCUGGACGCGAAACCGCCCCUGCUGCCCGCUCCAAACGACAUUGCGGGGAUCGGGGGGCGCGGCCACACCCUCUCACCUGCCAGUGCAGGGACAGCAGCAGGUAGCGCUUCCUGCGGCCCUCGUGCUGUGAGCCAACCUACAGUGCGGGGUCCGAUCGGCGGGGAGGGGGCUACAUGCCAUCAGCCCUCCUUUCCCAGCAGGCUUCCUCACCCUGGGGUGGCUAGCCAGGCCCACACAACCCUGCACCCACAUGAACACAUGGGCCUCCAUCAACCAGGGGCAGCAGAAGAUUGGGGCACCACUGGGUUUGUGCCCCAGUCUCAGUGUGGCCCCAUGGCGCAGCUCCUUCAGGCCCCAGCAUACACCUCCAGUUUAAGCUUGGAGCCCUGGCAAAAUGGUAUGUGUCACAGCUCCAGAACCCUGCAUGUGACUCAGCUCUCCUCCUCCCAUGGACUGCCCUCAUCCUGGAACCCCAGCACUGGGUCAGUGAAAACUGCAGGGAGCCCCUGGUGCGGCCAGGGUGUAAUCAGCAAGUUGGGGAAUGCCACAGAGGAGCCCCAGUGUAGCUCCCUGAGGGCUGCAGUGCAGGCAGAGGCAGAGAUGGGUCCCACGACUGCAGAAAUAAAACUAGAAGCUCUUACACAGCAGCUGGAAAAGGAGAUGGAUGAGCAGCCAAAGGCAGAAUACUACGGAAGGUGUGUGAAGUGCAGAAAGGCAGUGUACAGAGCUGGCCAGGCCUGCCAGGCUAUGGGGAACCUCUACCAUGACAGCUGCUUCACCUGUAGUGUAUGCAGUCGAAAGUUACGGGGAAGGGCAUUUUACUACGUCUGCGGAAAGGUCUUUUGCAAGGAGGAUUUUCUGUACUCCGGUUUCCAGCAGUCAGCGGACAAGUGCUGCAUGUGUGGGCAUCUCAUCAUUGACAUGGUGCUGCAGGCAUUGGGGAAGUCAUACCACCCAGGCUGCUUCCGCUGCGUGGUGUGCAACGAGAGCCUCGAUGGAGUACCCUUCACCGUGGACACGGAGAGUAGGAUCUACUGCCUGCAGGACUACCACAUGGUCCUCGCACCGAAAUGUGCCGCCUGCAACCUCCCCAUCCUGCCUGCUGAGGGAUCAGAUGAAACCAUUCGCGUAGUCUCCAUGGACAGAGACUACCAUGUGGAGUGUUACCACUGUGAGGACUGUAAGAAGGAGCUGAGCGACGAGGAGGGACAUCGCUGCUACCCGCUGGACGGACAUCUGCUUUGCCACACCUGCCACCUGAAGCACAUGCCACCACACCACACCUCAUCUGCAUCUGUGGUUUACUAGCAGGAGGUUUGGGAAAAGUGCUGCCCCCUAGUGGCCACAGACAGCACCAGCCAUACUGUCACACUGUUCACCAAAGCCCUGGGGUCAUGGGGCAUGCUUCAUAUCCCAGUACAAUUUUUCAGAGCUUCAGGUUUCAAGUUUUAUUUGUCACAUAUACAACCGUACUUAGUAUGACGUGCAGCGAAAUGCUUUUCUGACUGUCCGUGGUACAGAUAAAUAAGGCAGUACAAAUAAGUAGAAAUUAGUAACAUACUACAGGAAUAUGAGGAAUAUAUGAUGAUGAGAAUAGGAAAGAAUAAAUAAAAAAGAAGGAUACAAAUAUGUGUACUCCAGUAUUAAAGGUUAAAUAAAAGUGGUGUGUGCAAUGUUGUGCGGGGGGAUCUCAGCAGUAUUCAGCUCAAUUAGUGCUCCUUGUGCAUGCAGACGAGUCUCUACUCCAUGGUGUUAUCCUGGUUAAGUGCUCGAAUGGCCUGCGGGAAGGAUCUCCUCCUCAUUCUCUCUGUGUUGGCCUUCAGGGAGCAAAAAUGCUUCCUUGACUGCAGCAGGAGAACAGUCUGUUGUUCAGGUGGCUGAGGUUUUUCACUAUCUUCCUGGUCUUGGUCCAGCAUUGCUUGCUGUAAAUAGACUGCAGGUCACUGAGCUCAGUAUGGAUAAUGCACUCAGCUGAUUGCACCACCCUCUGGAGAGCCUGCUUAUCCCUGCUUGGUGCUGUUCCCAAACCAGGCCAUAAUGUUUCCCGUCAGGAUGCUCUCGCUGGUACAGAUGUAAAAAUUCCUCAGCACUCUAGAGGGCAGUUUGAAGUCUCUUAAGUGUCUAAGAUGGUAAAGACGCUGACGGGCCUUCUUUGUCAGGGUGAUGAUGUGAUGCGACCAUGAGAGGUCCUUAGUGAUGGGAAUACCAACUGUAUUCUUUCAGGUAUUUGUCCCUAAGUUUUUUUGCUCUUGUUGAUGUCACUUCUUUUUUAAUGUAUGGUCAUGUAUUUGACAUAAUGGCACACUUCCUGUUGGCCAUUUUUUGUUUUGUGCAGGAUGGUGAGAAGGGUUUCUGCUACAGAAGAUGCUGAACUUUUCACAGAUUAUAGUGGAAAAUGGUUAUAGUAAUGUUUCAAAUGUUGAAUAUGAUGAUAUUAGCAAUGUCUGAGUGAUGAACUUUGCAUAUGUUUAUGGGAUCAAUCGAUCAACAGCUGGCUUUAAAUAGAAGUUUGUGGGCACUCAUUAAUUUUCUUUGCUAUCUUUAAUGUACCUGAUAGUUAAUAGAAAUAAUACAUUUUUAAAAAUUACUUAGUAUCUUAUUGCU